UGCGAGAGGAGAGAGAUCAGAGAAUCGAAAAGCUUUAGUUACAUAUAUAAAUAUUUUGAUAUUUCUAGCUAUGUUAUAUAGUACGAAAAGUAGAUUAAAAAACCCUUGGCGACUUUGUGAGAAGCUUGGUGUCUAGCCAUACCAAUAAUGUCGAGCGAGCAAAAUCUCAAUAAGCAAAACUUUAUCAAGACGCAGAGAAAGGACAUAACAGAAGACCAAAAAAACAGAGGAUACAAAAAGGAAGAAGAAGAAGAAAAGGAAUAAAAGCGAUCAAAGCCUUCGGACAUUCAAAUCUAAAGGCAGUACGAAUUUAAUCGAAGCAAAGCAGAGGAGUCUUAAAAGAGAGACAGAGAGAGAUCAUUGGUUUUUGGUCGGAAAAAAAGUUACUUCUUUUGUUCGGUUUUUUUUUUUGGUCAUUUGUCUGAAUUCUCUCUGGGUCAAUCAUAGCCAAAAAAAAAAAAAAAAGGUUGAAGCUUGGGUCCCGCUUCUCUCAUUGCGCAAUUCGAAAUUCAUCCUCCUUUUUAAGGCAAUUCGAAUCCGUCGCUCUGUUCUCAAACCUUCACUGAUCUCGAUUUGCGGUGAAAUUCUCAAAGUUCCAAGCUUUCAAAGUGGGUUUUGAAAGAUAAAAAUGCUCUGCUCUGCUCUGAUGCAGUUUCCUGUGAAGUUCGUGUUUGAUUUGGUAAUUUUUUGAGCUAGGGGUUUGGUAAUAAUAAUAUAUCCUGUUACUGAGUCAGCCCAGGUUCUUGGUGUUGUGAGCUAGAAUAAUAGUAUAUGCUGAGUUCUUGAAAUGCUCCUGGAUUGGGGUUUGACAAGUUGUAAUAAGUCAAUGAGUUGGAUUUGUUGGUGUGAAGGAUUUCAUCAGUUUUAGAGUUUAGAAGAAGGAUAAGUAUGCAAGGUCAUGAAGAAGAAGAUCACAGGACUGAUCUGGCUGACCUGAAAUUGCAUAUUGUGAAGAAGGUUGGGGCUGAGAGAUGUAGAAGGUAUUUUUAUUACUUGGGUAGGUUUCUGAGUCACAAGGUUACCAAGAGCGAGUUUGAUAAGUCAUGCCACCGUCUUUUAGGGAGGGAGAAUCUUCUUCCUCUGCACAACAAGUUGAUUCACUCCAUCUUGAGAAGUGCAUCCCUUGCUAAAUCCCCACCACCUACUCGUCACCCUAACCAUAAUAGGAGUGAUCAUGUUUUGUCAAAUGGGGUGUUACCCAAGGUGGCAAUAAGAGACAGGCCUAUUCCACUUGGGCAAAACAAAAAGGUUGAGAGUCCGUUACAUCAGCCACAUUGUAGAGGUAACAGAAACAUGGAGAAUGGAGGCGGUGCAUUACUGGAUAAAGUUAAGGUCGCUGCUCCAGUUAUCAGAGAUGAGGAAGCUCGAGAGGAGCGAGGUAGAUUGACUCUUUCCACUACCCCUGUAGUUGCACCUCUAGGGAUUCCAUUUUGGGAAGCUAGUGUCGGUGGGGCCUGCAGAGCAAACAGGGCUGACUUCAUUAGUUGCUAUGACAGUGGUGGAUUGUCAGACACAGAGAUGCUGAGAAAGAGGAUGGAGAGUAUUGCAGUAGCACAUGGUCUUGGAGGUGUUUCACCGGAGUGUACUAGUAUGUUAAAUAACAUGUUGGAUGUGUACCUGAAGAAACUGAUUAAGUCAUGCGUCGAUUUGUCUGGAGCUCGGUCCACGAGUGGAAAGCAAAGUAAUAGUUUGCCGAUAGAAACUAGCAACCAACCAUCUGACACAACGCAAGAACAACAUCUUGUGUCUUUGCUUGAUUUUAGAGCUGCAACGGAGCCUAAUCCAUCUCAACUUGGGGAACACUGGCCAUUGCUUCGGGAGAGACUUUUGAUGCGUUCGUUUGAGGAACGAGAAGGGAUGUGAAGGAACAUGUUUGAGAUAUUGGAUAUUGCAAAUUGUCUGAGUAAGCUGCUCUGGUCCCAAAGCGCUGCAUCACCUGAUGGCUGAGUGCACAUCUAUGCCCUGCAGCUAGCAGACUUGGUGGUAACUUGGCCACUCCAGCGAGUUUCAAGCUCUGUGUAUCAUACAGGCCGGUAAGGGAAUCAAGAGAGUUGUGGCAGAGAUACAAGCUGGAGGAAGGUACAAACUAUCAUGUAAUAGCUGCAGUACUGCGUUGUAUGUAACAUAUAGUCUUAGAAUUGUUCAGAUUCAUUUCUUGAAAACACAUUGACAUUUUUACAUUUACUGAGAGUACUAAGAAUGUAAGAUUAAAUCUUUGUUCUUCAA